ACACUACUAGUCUAUUUAUAGAAUAUUUCAAGUUCCCAAUAUUUCUAAAAAUGGCAACCCAUAUGAAAGAACACGAAGCAUGCUCAUUCGCCAUGGCAAUGGCAAAUUGGUAUGCCCAACCCAUGGUUUUGAGAGCAUUAUAUGAACUUGAUGUUCUUGAAAUCAUUAAACGGGCUGGCCCGGGUGUACACUUAUCCCCGGCCCAGAUUGCGACCCAAUUACCCACCAAAAACCCAAGUGCUGCAUCCAUGCUUGAUCGGAUGCUCCGAAUUCAAGCUAGCUAUUCUAUCCUUUCUUAUUCAAUUGAAACCCGACCCGACGGUGGGGUCCAAACACUUUAUGGGCUUACACCAGUUUGUGAGUUCUUGACUAAGGAUGAGAAUGGUGUUGGUUUAAGUAAUCUUGGUCUUGUUAACACGGACAAGAUUAUUAUGGACAGCUGGUACCAUUUGAAAGAUGCAGUUCUUGAUGGAGGCAUUGCAUUUGAGAAAGCCCACAACAUGCUUCUAUAUGAAUUCCUUGGAAGAGAUCAUAGGUUUAACAAAAUUUUUGACAAUGGAAUGUUGAACCACUCUAAGAUUAUAAUGAAAAAAAUUAUCGAAAAUUAUAAAGGGUUUGUAGGUUUCUCGACCUUGGUUCAUGUUGGUGGUGGCACUGGUGCUUCUCUUAACACGAUUCUCUCAAAAUACCCUAAAAUUAAGGGUAUCAAUUUUGAUUUGCCUCAUAUCAUUGAAGAUGCACCAACUUACAAUGCAAUGGAGCACAUUGGAGGAGAUAUGUUUGUAAGCAUACCAAAAGGAGAUGCUAUUUUCAUGAAGUGGAUUUGCCAUGAAUGGAGUGACGAACAAUGCAUAAACUUGUUGAAGAAUUGCUAUACUUCCUUGCCAGACCACGGUAAAGUGAUUUUGUGCGAAUACAUAUUCCCAGCUAUACCAGAAACUAGCCACGCUGUGAGGGCGGCCUACCAAAUCGACGCCCUCAUGUUGGUUAGUUGCGGUGCUGGGAAAGUCGUAAGAACUGAGAAAGAAUUCGAGCACUUGGCAAAAGCAGCCGGGUUUGAUGGCUUUCGGGUAGCUUGUUCAGCUUAUGGUACCAAGAUCAUUGAACUACUGAAAAACAAGAACAAGAUGGGCUUAAUCACAAACCAAGAAGAACAAGAUGAUGUAUGCUCAUUUGCUAUGGAAAUCACCAGUGGGUCUGUCCCACCCAUGGUUCUGAAAGCAGUAGUUGAGCUUAAUGUGCUUGAAAUUAUCAAAAAGGCUGGACCGAAUGCUCAUCUAUCCCCUGCUGAGAUCGCGGCACAAUUGCCUACUAAGAAUCCUGAUGCUGCAACCAUGUUGGAUCGGAUGCUUAGACUUCUAGCUAGCUAUUCUAUCCUGUCUUACUCGCUUCAGACACGACCUGAUGGGCAGGUUGAAAGGCUCUAUGGACUCACUCCUGUUUGCCAAUUCUUGACUAAGAAUGAAGAUGGUGUUAGUAUGAGUGCUUUCUUUCUAACUAUCCAUGAUCAAGUUCUUAUGCAGAGCUGGUACUACCUUAAGGAUGCAGUUCUCAAUGGUGGUGUUCCUUUUAACAAAGCUCAUGGGAAUGUUGUAUAUGAACAAAUUGGAACAGAUGUUAGAUUCAACAAAGUUUUCAAUAAGGGAAUGUCAGAUCAUUCUGCCAUUAUAAUAAAACGAAUGCUUGAAAUUUACAAAGGGUUUGAGGGUGUAUCAACCUUGAUUGAUGUUGGAGGUGGUACUGGUGCUACCCUUCACACAAUUGUUUCUAAAUACCCAACAAUUAAGGGAAUUAAUUUUGAGUUGCCUCACGUCAUUGAAGAUGCACCCGCAUAUGAAGGAGUGGAGCAUGUAAGUGGAAAUAUGUUUGUAAGCGUACCAAAAGCGGAUGCUAUGUUUACCAAGUGGGUAUGCCAUAGUUGGACAGAUGAAGAAUGCUCGAAGUUCUUGAAGAAUUGUUACGAUUCUUUGCCAGAAAAUGGCAAAAUGAUUGUGUGCGAGUACAUACGCCCAGUUACACCGGAAACCAACCAUUCAGCAAAGACCGUCUUUCAGUGUGACUGCAUCAUGUUGGCUUCAUUCCCUGGUGGAAUUGUAAGGACUGAGCUAGAAUUCAAGAUUUUGGCCAAAAAGGCUGGAUUUCAAGGGUUUAAGGUGGCAUGUUCUGCUUAUGAUAUUAAGGUCAUGGAAUUUAUCAAAAACAAUGCUUAAUUUGGUGUGGCAUCUCAAUCUACUCAGAUGAUUUUCUCGAUGUCACUGAAUAAAGAAUAUGUUUUAAAUAUAUUCAACAAAAUAUGCAUGCGUGUUGUACUAGAAUGAAUAUGUUAAUUUACCCUUCUAAAAUAUAUUUGUGUACCAACUCAUAAAGGAAACUACAUUAUUCCUCUCUUAAUAAAUUUGUAA